GGCCCAGGCCGACCAAUGCGCGAGCGCGCCCGGCACGCGACCCGCGUGUCACCGAUGCCGCCGCCCGCGGGUGGCGAGGACCCCGAUGCCGACGCGGCGCCCUCCUGCAGCGGCUCCGCCGACGAAGGCGACGCGCAGACGCAGGAGCGGUCGCUCCCCAACGGCGACAUCUACACGGGCCAGUGGCGCGGCGCCGUGCCCCACGGCGCCGGCAAGUACCUCUGGGCGGACGGGUGCAUGUACGAGGGCGAGUGGCGGCGGGGAAAGGCCACCGGCCGCGGCAGGUUCUCCUGGCCGUCCGGCGCCACCUACGAGGGCGAGUUCCUCGACGGCUUCAUGCACGGCGCCGGGACCUACGUCGGCGCCGCGGGGGACACCUACCGCGGCGCCUGGGCGAAGAAUCUCGAGCACGGCGCCGGCGAGAAGCGCUACGCCAACGGCGACCGGUACGACGGCGAGUGGCGCGCGGGGCUCCCCGACGGCUGCGGACGCUACGCCUGGCGCGACGGCACCGAGUACGCCGGCGGCUGGCGCGCGGGGCUCAUCCACGGCCGCGGCGCGCUCGUCUGGGCCAAUGGCAACCGCUACGACGGCGGCUGGGAGGGCGGCCGCCCGCGCGGGCAGGGCACGUUCCGCUGGUCCGACGGCAGCCUCUACGUCGGCUUCUGGGGCCGCGAGGCGCCCGGCGGCGCCGUCUACCAGAAGGGCGUGUACUACCCGUCCCCGGCGGCGGCGGGCGACUCCCCACGGGGGCGCGACCCGAGGGAGGUCUUCGCGCGGGAGCUGCCGGAGUGCGUGCGCUCCGGCACCGAGGCCCAAUCGGCGCUCACGUCUCUGAGAUCGCUCAAAUGGCUGAUGCGGUCGGUCAGCGGGCGCGGGAGCUCCUCCUCCGGGCGGAGCAAUGGCUCGGGAGGCAGCCUCGUGCACUUCUGGGGGUCCGAUGGAGAUGUCAAGUGUGACAUUGGGGACGACUGGAGGCGGCGGAGUGUCAGGGAAGGGAGGGGGCUGCCACCGCCAUCUCCGGCCCCAGCGCCGCACCUGGCCAACAUCGUGCCCUUGCGGGUGUUGAAGCGGCAGGGGGCAACCAUUGCCAAGGGGCACAAGAACUACGAGCUAAUGCUCAAUCUGCAGCUCGGGAUCAGGCAUGCAGUAGGAAGACAAGGUCAAGCUAUAUUAGACCUGAAAUCAUCAGCAUUUGAUCCAAAGGAGAAAGUGUGGACAAAAUUCCCUCCUGAAGGCUCAAAAUAUACCCCUCCACACAAUUCGUGUGAUUUCAAAUGGAAGGAUUACUGCCCAAAGGUGUUCCGGACUCUUCGUAAGCUGUUCAAGGUUGACCCAGCUGACUAUAUGUUGUCCCUCUGUGGAAAUGAUGCUCUUCGGGAGCUUUCAUCCCCUGGCAAGAGUGGAAGCUUCUUUUACUUGACGAAUGAUGAUCGCUACAUGAUAAAGACAAUGAAGAAAGCUGAAGUGAAGUUGCUUCUGAAGAUGCUUCCAGCUUACUACAAUCAUGUCCGUGCAUUUGAGGAUACCUUAGUGACAAAGUUCUUUGGUCUACAUUGCGUAAAGUCUGGAAUACACCAGAAGAAGGUUCGUUUUGUCAUAAUGGGAAAUUUGUUCUGCUCUGAUCAUACUAUCCAUAGGCGAUUUGAUCUAAAAGGAUCAUCUCUUGGCCGUAUAACUGACAAGCCACCGGCUGAGAUUGAUGAGUAUACAACUCUGAAGGACCUUGAUCUUAACUUUAUCUUUCGGUUACAGAAACAAUGGUACCAAGAGUUUCAAAGGCAAGUGGAUAAGGACUGCGAGUUCCUUGAGCAGGAGAAGAUUAUGGAUUACAGUCUAUUGGUGGGUGUACAUUUUAGAGGUAAGGAAGACAUAUCUGCUUCUGCAGGUUGGUUGAAAACUCGAAUCCUGAUUUGGUUAUGUGCAUUCGUUGAAGGUGCCGUUGACGUUGAUGGUGAAAAGCUUGCUACACCUCGGCUUUCAAGAUGGGACAGGGAUCACUUUCGUUCUGAUCCAAACAGGUGGUCGAAAAUUAAGCUUGGGGCAAACAUGCUGUCAAGGGCUGAACUUACAGCCCGAAAGAAUGAUGGUGAUAUUUUUGGAAAGCCAACUGGGGAGUACUGUGAUGUUAUAUUGUAUUUCGGGAUUAUUGAUAUACUUCAGGACUAUGAUAUUGGCAAAAGGCUAGAGCAUGCUUACAAAUCUUUUCAGUAUGAUUCAACAUCCAUCUCAGCGGUCGAUCCAAAACAGUAUUCCAGACGCUUCAAAGAUUUCAUAUACAAAGCUUUUCAAGAGGAUAAAGUAGACAGCUGAAAGCAUUUUGAGACCUUGUGGCUGAUAGUCUGUGACUUGAAAAAGCGAGAGAUCAAGCUGAGAACAGUGCAAUGUGACGAUUUCUUGAUAGACUUUUUACUGCACCAUACAGGAGUACAGGAGUUCAGCAGUUUCCUUAGAAGGCACCAAGGCCAUAGUUGCUGGAGCUCCUAGUGGUAUUUCCAGGAAUCGGAUUGGCUGGCAUGUAAAUACAAGCAAUGUGCACAGAUACAGAGUUCAGCAACAUCCACGAACAUAGGAAAUGUAACUGACAGAAUCAAAUUAUACAUAGAAACAUGCGACCAAAAGUGUAUGUUCUUUUCCUCAGGAAUUAUUUUCCUAUCCUGGGAGCCUUUCAAUAGAUUGAGGGGAAAAUUUUGAGAUUCUUCA